AUGACCACAGCCGAGCAUGCCAUGACGGAUGACUUAGUGGCAACAGUGGACGACAUUGAACGUCUCGGCUGCUCGAAACUAAGCAUCGCCGCGGCCGGCUAUUUCAACGGCGGUGCAGACACGGAGCAGACGCUGCGUGAGAACAAGAUGGCGUACCACAGACUACGCCUAAGGCCUAGGGUACUCCGUGACGUGGCCCAGAGAAACAUGGAGGUAACCCUGCUGGAGGAUCAAGUGGUGUCCAUGCCAGUUGGAAUCUCGCCAACAGCUUUCCAGAAUCUGGCGCAUCGAGACGGGGAGACCGCCACCGCCAGGGCUGCUCAGAGUGCAAGAACCCUUCUGAUGCAGGGAUUGUUCAGCUGCAUCACUAUCGAAGACGUGAAGAAGGCAGCACCGGACGGGCUCCAGUGGCUCCAGUUGUACAUCUUCAAGGACCGAAGCAUCACCAGAGACAUUGUGGAACGCGCCGAAAGAGCCGGAUACAGGGCCCUUGUACUGACAGUUGACAUGCCCAUCGCCGGAAAGCAAAUUGCCCGUAUCAAAAACAAGUUCAAAACGCCGAAGGUUGCUAACUUCGCCGGAUUAAUUCCGAACAAGGCUUACGCGUACGGGGGAUUUCUAGAUCCCUCAUUGACCUGGGACGACGUUACAUGGCUGAAGAGCAUUACGAAGCUCCCCGUAAUCGCUAAAGGAAUUUGCAAUGCCGAAGAUGCUGAAGAAGCAAUAAAUUGCGGUGUUUCGGCGAUACUGGUCUCCAACCAUGGUGGGCGGCAGCUGGACGGUGUACCAGCAACUAUUGAAGUCCUCCCUGAGGUUGUCACUGCAGUCCGCGGACGCGUCGAGGUCUACGUGGACGGCGGAGUCCGCCGCGGAACCGACGUAGUCAAGGCGCUGGCACUUGGAGCCAAGGCAGUGUUCGUUGGGCGCCCGGUUCUUUGGGCGCUGGCCUACAACGGUGAAGAAGGCGUGAGAGAGAUGCUCGAAAUCUUGAGACAGGAGCUGGAUCGGGCACUCGCACUCAUGGGCUGCGCUUCUAUCGACCAACUACGACCUGAAAUGGUGGUUCAUCAAGACGACUUCUCUCAACCUUGGAGGUUCACAACGCAGGCUUUGAAUGUUUCAUUUUGA